AUGUCUUCUGAAAACAAUUCAGUGUCAGGAGACUUGUCUCCUCCCUCUCCCACAACGUCUGGAUUUCCCACACAGAACUUCCCUUCAGCAAAAGAAGAUGCCAAGGUAGAGUUAGAUAGGGAGAGUUUGAGGGAUAAAUCUACACCUGGUAAAACUAAAAAGUCUCUGAAAGGGAAACAUUACCCAGGAAAGGAAGAGUAUCUGGAGAAGAGAGAGCAUUCAAGGCAGGAAGACUAUCUGGAGGAGGAAGACGCUCUGGAGGAAUAUGAGUCUACAGAGGAGGAAGAGUAUCUAGAGGAAGACAAGUUUAUAAACAUAACAGACUACAUGUUUAAAGGAGAGAAUCUGAGAAAAGCACAUCCAUUUCAAAAGCAUCUGGGGCAGGCCUUGGAUGAAUGGGCCAGCAUCAUAGAUGAGGCUGUGGACAAGGAACUUAAGAACUACAGUGAUAAUUUUUUUAGAAGAUCCUAUCAGGCAGUAUUUAAGAGAAUAGUCAGAGAAAUGUAUGCUGCCAAUGAACUGGAAGACGAUCUUAACAUCCCCCUGACUCUGAUGCUGGAAACUGAAGACAGAAGGAAGCUGGGAAUGCUGUUGAAGGCAAAUUUUGAAGCAUUGGAAGACCCAAUCAUAUGGCUUAUGAAGAGACAUGAAGGUCUAAAGUCGUCUGAGACUCUCACAUUUCAUCUCCCGAGUAUGAUGGAGCCUGAGCCAGAAGGCAAGAAGCGGGUUGGUGGUAAGAAGAAAGUGGAACUAGAUACAGAAUGGAUACAGGAGGUGAAGGUGCGUAAAGGUGAUGGAAAAUUAAUUCUCUACCCCAAUGAGAACAUCUUCCAAGUUCUCUUUCCUGAUGGGACAGGACAGAUACACUAUCCAUCAGGAAGGCUCGCUCUGCUCAUCUCCUGCACAGAUGGUGAAGAGUUCACAUACAUCAUUCUGGAAGACAGUCUAGAGGCUAGCAUCCGGGCCCUCGUCAAUAACUCUGGCCAUGCCACCUUCAAUGAUGAAAAUGGAUUUAUCUGGUCAAGCCUGAGCAGCAGCCUGGGCUACUACUUCCCCAAGGGCAAAAACCAGAAGGCCUGGAACUGGUGGAAUCUGCAGGUCCACGUCCACGUGCCCCCUUUCCAGCCCAUCUCCUUGAAAAUCAACAGCUACAUCCAGGUGCACAUAAGAAGCCAGGACAAGAUCAUCUUCAGCUUUCUCCACCGACAGAAGCAGUUUCGUUUAAACCUGGGCACCAAGUUCAAGUUCAUAAACUCAGAGGUGCUACAAGACCUGAAGGAGAAAACAAUCCUGGAGGUAGAUCCUGGCACAACAGCUCGGAAGGUCCAGAUCCUUCUGGGAAAAAUGAUUAGGAUCCUGAACUUGCUGACCAUGUCUGAUUUGAAAAACUUCACAGAGGCCUCCAAGAUGUGUCUCAUGGCUUUAGGAACCAAGAAGAAGAGAUCUCGAUUCUGUUUGUAG